AUGCAAUUUCUUAGCUCAAAACAGUAUGUCCAUCGUGAUUUGGCCACAAGAAACUUAUUAGUAAAGAAAUGCGAAAGCGAGUGGAUUGUGAAAAUUUGCGACUUUGGUUUGGCGAAGGAGAUUAGGGAAGCGAAAAGCCACUAUUCACGAAACGGUUUCGCCCAGCCACUCAAUUGGAUGAGCCCCGAGGCAUAUGCGCAUAAAAAGUACACCUCUGCAGCUGACGUCUGGUCUUUUGGCAUCGGUUUAUAUGAGCUUUUCUCACUCGGUGGAACACCUUACGGAAACAAAACCGAGCAAGAAAUCCAGAAAGAAUUAUCGACAGAAAAGGAGAAAUUGACGACAAAAAGGCCACCAUAUUGUCAUCAAGAAUUAUUCAACUUCAUCGAAUGCUUUUGGUACUAUGAUGCAAGCAGACGGCCAAGUUUUGAGAAUUGUGUUAAUGAACUGAAAAGCCAUCUACAAAGAGCCAAUCCACAGAAGUUGAAACGACUUGAUGGGAUCAAUGAU